GAUGUGAACAGGAAGAGCACGACAGUGGUGGAGUCGUGGGAAGGCAGCAAAGGGAAACAGUCGUACUCGCACAGUAUGACCAGGAACGCCUCGGUCUCGUACACAUGGGCCUUCCAGAGGACCAACCGCGCUCUAGAUGUGCGUCGGUACGUCAGUGACAUGGUGAAGCUCUACUCCAUCAGCGUGACUAACGUCCUGGACGGCGUGGCCUCAGCGUGUCGGGCCUGCGCCCUGAUCCCAGAGAACUCCCAGCGGUCCGGCGCCUCCUGUGUUCCCUGUCCCGCCGGUUUUUAUAUCGACAGAAACACCAACAGAUGCCAGGAGUGUCCGCCCAACACGUUCCUGGCAGGACGACACACCUACGGACAGGACGCGUGUGUCCCCUGUGGACCAGGCAGUAUUAGCAACAAGGAACACUCUCGUUGCUACAGCGACUGCUCCUUCACGCACAUAGAGAACAACCGCACUCUGACCUUUGACCUCAGCCCUCUGAGCGACGUGGCCUCGCUGACCAUCGGCCCGAGUUUCACCUCCAAAGGCACAAAAUACCUUCACCUGUUCAACAUCAGCCUCUGUGGCCAUGAGGGGAGGAGAGCUGCUGUCUGCACAGAUAACGUCACCGACGUGUCCAGCAAAGACGACCAGAGCGACGCGGCUCAGUUUGUCAACUGGGUGGACAGCUUCAUCUGUCAGUCGACCAUCAUACCCGCGGACGGCCGCGGCUUCAGGAUGUCCAUUUCCUCCCAGUCCAUCAGCCUGGCAGACACUUUCGUCGGAGCUACAGCCGACAGCGUCCUGAACGGAAUGAAUGCUAAACCAGAUCUUUUCCCAGAAAACUCGAAGGACGUUCCAGACAUCAACUUCUUCUACAGGUCUACUCAGGCAACAGCCUCAUGUGAUCAGGGCCGGAGUUCAGUCAUCACUGUUCGCUGUAACCCAGAGAAAUCUGAACGAGGAGAAGUCUCUGUUCCCAGCUCCUGUCCGGCAGGAACAUGUGAUGGAUGCACGUUUCACUUCCUGUGGGAGAGCGCCAGCGCCUGUCCACGCUGCACCGAGGACGACUUCCACCAGAUAGAGGGAGCGUGCAAGGGUGGCGUCCAGGAAACCCUGUACGUGUGGAACGAGCCCAAGUUGUGCACCAAAGGCGUCUUGUUGCCUCCUCGAAGCUCCUCCCCCUGCGAGGCCAUUGCCCUGUGGCUGAAGGUCGGGGUCGGGGGCGGAGCCUUCGUGGCCGUGCUGCUCAUCUCGCUCACUUGUUAUUUCUGGAAGAAAAACAAGAGGCUGGAGUACAAGUACUCUCGUCUGGUGAUGUCUGCCAACAAGGACUGCGAGCUGCCGGCCGCCGACAGCUGUGCCCUGGUGGAGGGGGAGGAGCCUGACGACGACGUGGUCUACGCCCAGAAACCCACGCUGCUGGGGAAACUCCGAGCCAUCGCCAGCAAGUACGAGGACGGAGAGAGCAGUGAGUCUGUGCAGCUGAACUCCUCCCACUCUGACCGAUGGGUUCUGGGAUAAAACAGAGAACAGACGCAGAGUAAAAUAAUGGAGGAACAUUCAGUCAGUGAUGGCGUCACUGUCCCACCUCCGUACCUCACCCCUCGCUGCGGGAGGAGCAAGAACGCAGAUCCCAGCUUUCACAGGAGAAUAGUCGCCUGGUUUACUGGCAAGAAAAACGUCUUUUUACCCCCCGACCUGACACAGGAAACCCCGUCCUGCUUUAACGCCGUGUGGAAGCUCGAAGGCAGCAAGCGAAAAAAAGAAACACGCUUUUAAUGUUUUUUGUAUAUUUUGUAUUUUUAUUUGUUUUCUUCUGUUCAGAGUCAUGUAUUUAUAUCAGUGUCAUAAUGAUGAACCUUUAUUAAAGUCCUGUUUGGCUUUGGAA